UGUUUACAUCCUGAGCAGCAGCGGAGUGUCGUGCACCGCUCCGCCGACAAACACACGCUUUCCCGGGGGAAAAAAACGAGGACAGGCCGCUCUUCUGCACAGCAACACCCAGUGUGUGUGCAUCAGGAUGGGAGGGGCCGUGAGUGCAGGCGAGGACAACGAUGACCUCAUCGAUAACCUCAAGGAGGCCUACUACAUCCGCUCUGAGCUGGUGGAGAGGGCCUUCAGAGCCAUAGACCGCGCAGACUACUACCUCGAUGAGUACAGGGACAACGCUUAUAAGGACUUAGCCUGGAGACAUGGGAACAUCCACCUGUCUGCUCCUUGUAUUUACUCUGAGGUGAUGGAGGCUCUGGACCUUCACCCUGGACUCUCCUUCCUCAACCUGGGCAGUGGGACGGGCUACCUGAGCACCAUGGUGGGGCUCAUCCUGGGUCCUUUUGGAGUGAACCACGGCAUAGAGCUCCAUGCAGAUGUGAUGGAAUACGCCUAUCAGAAACUGGAACGCUUUAUCAAGACCUGCGACAGCUUCGACAGGUUUGAGUUCUGCGAGCCCUCCUUUGUGGUGGGGAACUGCCUGGACAUCCCCCCACACUCGAGGCAGUACGACCGGGUUUACUGUGGAGCCGGAGUCCAGAAGGAACACGAGGAGUACAUGAAGAACCUGCUGAAGAUUGGAGGAGUGCUCGUCAUGCCCCUCGAGGAGAAGCUGACAAAGAUCACUCGCACUGGGACCAACAGCUGGGAGACCAAGAAGAUCAUCUCUGUGUCAUUCGCUCCUCUGGUCCAACCCAAACCUAGCAACGGAAGACCCAGGACUGUGCCUCUGCCUCAGUACGAGGUGCGCUCUCUACAGGAGCUGUCUCGGUUCUGUAUCCGUCACGCACUCAGAGUUAGCCCCGCCCCUCACAGCUCGCCACGGGGGCGGGCGGCGUUCGGCGUGAGUCGGGGGCUGGCGGUCGCCGGGCUCCACAAAUACGGCUCGAGGUUCAAGCGCCGCAGAGUCCACAGACGCCACUGCAACGCUCUGGUGCUCGCAACCAGACAGGUGGUGGCCAGCACACACAGCAGCAGUAUAGGCCCCAUUCCUCCAGACGGCAACAACAACCAGGGCCUGGGCGGAGUCUCAACCGUGGGUGGAGUCCCAGAGGAGGAGGAAGCAUCCGGGGAGCGGCAGGCGUCCGGGGAGAGGGCGGCCCACGCGCGACAGCAGAGGAGGGGCCGGAGAGUGUGCAGGAGCCUGGAGGAAGAGGAGGAGGAAGAGGAGGAGAGAGAAGAGGGGGACGAAGAGGAAGGCGUGGGGGAGACGGAGGAGGAAAGGGAGACGCUGGAACUGCUCAGACCCCAGCCCUCGGUGAACGUGCUCAGGGAGAGGAUCCUGGCGCUGCCCCUCCCAGAGCCGCUCAAACUCUACCUGCUCUUCUACAGGGAGAAGUGACACAGAACCUGGCCUGUCGCUGUCCCUUAAACAUGUACCUGCUCUGCUCUGGAGAGAAGAGCGCCCCCUACAGCUGUGUGCAGGUACGGCCCAAUCACAGGCCCGCGACUCCGCCUGCCACCGCCCGCCCCCUACCUGUGAGAGGCAGGACUGCAUCUCAGACUCUGCUCCCUCCGAUCACUCUGUCCAUUCAAAGAUAAACGCGACCACACGGUUUGUACCGAUGGGAAAACCCGAAGUGUGCAAGGAAAGACUGGAGUCCGAAUUAUUUAUUUUAAGAAUUUGUGAUGAGCAGAGCUAGGAUUCUGUCUCAUCCUCUGGUAUUUUCAUAGGAAAUCUCCAAAAGUCAAAUCCACCACUGUUUUUCCCAUGAUCUUUUGUAUCACUGAAAAACUCCAUUCCCCUUCAGCAUCUGGGAGGGCAUCUGACACACCACCACAUCUGCAGAUUAACUAGAGACAUUUGACCUGCCCCCAUCUCAGUUUAAACAGAAAUGAUUUUUCCUGCAUAGAAAUGUUAUUAGGACUGUCAAAAAAAUAGAACUUUUUUCCGAUUUGGUGAUUUUUAUUUUUAUUUUUUUUUGGAAAAGACUGAAAUCUCAACUAUAAACUAACCCAAUAAUGCAUUUCAGAAAGUAAAAAUGAACUACAGAGUUACUUUUAUACAGAAUAAGACCCCAUAGAGAUACAGGGAGGGCAUCUGACACACAUGGGAGGGCAUCUGACACACAUGGGAGGGCAUCUGACACACAUGGGAGGGCAUCUGACACACAGGGACAUUAGAUUACCAAGAUCAUGUUACCCAGGCUGCUGCUAAUGUUAUUAAGGUCUUGAAAUAUUUCUGAAGGAGACAGGAAAAUGACCAAAUCGGGACGGGAGGAGGGGCUACUCAAGCAUCUGCUGUAGCGAACUGUUUUUGACCAAACUUGUGUUAGACUUUUGAACACUGCAAAAAGGAAUAUCCACAUGAGAAAAGAGGACUGAAAGUGAGUCAAAAUUGAGUUAAUAGAUUUUUAAAUAGAUAUAUUUUCAAAUUGUAAUUAUUUAGAAAUAUUUCUUUCUGCUUUUUUCCUCAAAUAUCUAAGUAAGAAAGCGGCAAUUUACUUGAGAAAGUUUGUCAAGAGUUGUAACUACUAUACAUUAUCUCAUUGAAGUAGUUAACAGUGCUUUGAAGUAGAAUUAUUUGGACUGUAACUUUAAGUAUUUAGUCGGUAACUUUAAGUGUCACAUUUUGACACUUAAAUUUACUUUAAAGAGGGAGUAUUAUGUAGAAACAUUUUUGUUUCUUUUCACCAUGUUCUAACAUUGUUCCUUCAUCAAAAACACACCUGAACAGGUUUGAGACGUCACCCAUACAUGUUUGACUAAUCCUGUUGUUAUAGCGCUCUGAAGGGGGAGUGUCGGGGAGCAAAAGGAGGGGAGAGUGUCAAAAAUGAAAAUGAAACUUAUAAAACAUUUUCAUAUGAUGUUGUGGGUGAAUAUAGCCUUUUUAGGACAAUAAAAGGAACAUGGUGAUCUAAAUAUGUUCUGUGUUACAGUUAAUACAUGCAUCAAGAAUUUCAGACUUCUGGUCAUUGCGCAAUGCAUACUGGGAAGGAUUUUCUGAAAAAGUGAGCAUCAAACGAAAAAGGACGAAAAAGGUCACCUUUCACUGUCUAAGAAAUCAUCCUGAGUUUGCAGAGAACAUUUUGUAUGUGGAGCGACAACAAAACAAAAUCCCUCUAUCCCUCACUCAACCUUGAUUAUGAAUUUAAAAAGUCAACACCAAAGCGAAAGGCACCAACUGUUCACCAAGAAACACCUUCCACUGCAAAGAGACCAAGACAUGAUGUUUCUGUAAAACCACAAGAACAAGAAAGUGCAGCUCACUCUGUUUGUCUUCUGCUCCUCUCCAUUAACAAACAGGAUCCUGCUUUGAUGGCACUCCACAUACAAAAUGUUCACUGCAAACUUGGGAUGAUUUAGGCAGUCAAAUGUUUCCUUUUUGGUUCUUCCUGUGGAUCAAUCCUGCCCAUCACCUUCACCUUUCACUAUUUUUCAAUUCCGUUGGGAAGAGAAACAGUUUGAACAGAGGUUUACAGUCACACACAUCUGAUUCCCUUUUGCAUUUAUGGAGUUUGCAAACAAAUUUCUCGAGCCAUUUUCUGCUGUUAGGAUCCAACAACCACACAGUUAACAAAGUCCGAAUCCCAAAACUAAAAUAUAACAAUAUCAGAACCAGAAACAAAAGUGAUAUGGUUCAAAAGACUAGAAAAUAUCGACUUUGACGCUAGACACAUCCCACUGGGAAAACAAACAUAGCGGUUUGAUGCUCACUUUUUUGGAAAAUCCUUCCCAGUAUGAAUUGCGCAGUGACCAGAAGUCCGAGAUUCGUGAUACAUGUAUACUCCCUCUUUAAAAAGAUUUUUUUUUCUUUUACACAGCGUUUGUCCAGUUGUGUGUACAUAAGUAGAAGUGAAAAGUAUCAUCUAAUCUUGAAGUAGUACUAAUGAAAACUUCUGGAAGACUCUUUCAGACCAGAGAAUCACUGUAGCAUUAGAGCGUGCUGUUUGUGUUCUAACUCUGGUGGAUAGGAUUUUUUGCAGUGCUGUUUCUUGGUUUGCCUUUAGCCAUAAAACUACUACAGAUUAUUAUAAUGUUGUACAGUAUUUACAGUAUUUAGUUAGGUUUGGCCAACUGUUACUUUUAUAUCUUUAUUUCUUAAUUUCAUAUUUUGACAUUUAAUCCACAUGGAGCCUUCUGCAUCGAUAUUAUCCAGAAGUAUUAUCAGACCAAUAAACCAGCAUGACUUUUGUUUAA